AUGAGAUGGGUGGCUAUAUAUAUAGAGCGGAUUAAGGGUUUCGAACAUAAAAUUCCUUCAGCUAAAGCUGUAGCUGAUAUAACCUUUACGAGGAUUCUGCAAGGGUUGGUUGGGGGACCAGAACUACAUGCAAAUCGACCAGUGUCUAUAAGACCCCUCUGUGCAAAGGUCCAAACAAAAGGGGGGUUGUCCAGUGUUAGGGCCACUGUAUGCAGCAUGGACUGGUCCCCCUGCCCUUCCUUCCGUAUUCCAAAGGGAUGUUAUUGUCGUGAGCAGUGUAAUGUAGUGAAAGCCACGUGGAAAGGCACGGGAAGUUCACGUUGUUCAGAGAAUGCAUCGUAG